AUGGCACCACCACCAAGUGAUGUAAAGCUUCUUGGGUAUCGUCCAAGCCCCUUCGUGAAUCGGGUUCAGUUCGCCCUCAACCUCAAGUCAGUUGACUAUGAAUUCAUCCCGGAGAAUGUGAUGGCAAAAAGCGAGCUGCUUCUGAAAUCCAACCCGGUUUACAAGAAGAUCCCAGUUCUCAUCCAUGGCGAUAAACCCAUCUGCGAGUCGCUUGUGAUUGUACAGUACAUAGAUGAGACCUGGUCUGAUGGUCCAUCUAUCCUCCCUUCCCAUCCCUAUGACCGGUCAACCGCCCGCUUCUGGGCUGCUUACAUUGAUGACAAGUGGUACCCAGCGCUGAGGUCUUUAGCCGAUGCUACAGAAGAGUCGUCAAAGGCAGCAAUUUUGGAGAAAAUCCUGGAAGGUGUGAUUUUGUUAGAGGAUGCUUUCGUGAAGUGCAGUAAUGGAAAUGGAUUUUUCGGGGGAGACAAAUUAGGUUACCUUGAUCUUGUUUUGGGCUGCUAUCUUGGGUGGCUAAAGGUUUCAGAGGUGAAUUCGGAUGUGAAAAUAUUAGAUGAAACCAAGACUCCGGCACUUGUGGGAUGGGCAGAGAGGUUCAAGUCUCAUGAAGCUGUUAAGGGUACUCUUCCGGAGGCAGAUGAACUCCUCCAGCUUCUAAGAAACAUGCAAGCUGCUGCUAAUGUUGAAGCUUCCAAGUGA